AUGGCGCCGCAGACGCCUCUCUUCCCUCCCGCCGCCUUCGACCGCAGUGGCGGCCUCCCUCCCUGCGAACCCACCCGAUUCUCUUCCAACCCUACCUUCGACCAGGGCUUCCUCGCGGCGGCCUAUGAAGGCGACCUCCGCCUCGUCAAGAGUACGCGCCCCCCCUACGCCGGCGAUUAUGUCCUUCAUUUUCCUGCCCUCCUCUGUUUCCGCGCUGAUUUUAUUUAUCCUUCUGCAUUUCAGGGGCGGUGAGGAGUGGGCAGAGGGGCGGAAGGCCGUCGCCUCGCCGAGAAGCUGGGGGCGGUCAGGGACGGCUACGGCACUGGCUUGUUGCACACCGCCGCCCUAGGCGGCAGCCUGCCCGUCUGCCGCUACCUGGUCGAGGACCUCCUGCUGGAUGUCAACGACGUUGGCCCAGGGGGCGAAACACCUUUCACCUUUGCUAUUGCCAAUAAGGAUGUGGAUUUGGUGCGCUACUUCCUUGAUCAAGGUGCUGAUGUACACAAGGGCACCGACACUGGCAGUCCUCCUCUCCAUCUUGCUGCCGGAGAAGAAGGAAGCUGUGAAAUAGUAGAGCUCUUACUAUCCAAAGGAGCUGAUGUUGAUGCAGUACAUUUUGGUGGGACAGCACUCCAUCUUGCUGCCCGUUUUGGGCGGGAUGAUAUCAUGAAGGUUUUACUGGACCACCAUGCAGACCAUACGAUAGCUUUGGGUGGUACUGGUUAUACAGUGCUUGUUCUUGCUACUAUUAUGGGCUCACUGAAAUGCGUGAAGGUCCUGCUUGAGGCUGGUGCUGAUGUGGAUGGUACUUGUAAAGAGACACCCUUAAUGAUCGCUACCACUCAUGGUUCAACUGCCAUCCUUAAGUGCUUAGUUCUGGCUGGUGCAGAUGCUAAUAUUCCUGACAGUCUAGGACGUGUUCCUAUAGAAAUUGCUGCCCGCUCUGGCAGGCGUGAAGAUGUUGAGGUUCUAUUUCCGGUCACUUCUCGUAUUCCUAGUGUACGUGACUGGAGUGUUGAUGGAAUCAUGAACCAUGUAAAAUCAGUGCGCCCAGCGAAGAAAGCGAUGCUUGCUAGUGCAAAAUUUAGAGCGCAUGGGGCGUUCAAGAAGGGGGACUAUCUUGUUGCAGCAAGAAUUUAUGCAGAGGCAUUGGAUCUUGACCCAGGCAAUGCAACCAUGCUUUGUAAUAGGAGCCUAUGCUGGCUUCGCUAUGGUGAUGCGAAGGAGGCCUUGAAGGAUGCUCAAGCGCUCAGGACGAUGCGACCUGGCUGCCCAAAGGCCUGUUAUCGUGAAGGGAGUGCUCUAAUGUUACUGAAGGACUAUAAGAAGGCAUGUGGUGCACUUCUUGAUGGUCUUAAACUGGAGCCAGAGAAUGUCGAGAUCGAAGAUGGGUUACGGGAGGCUUUGGAAUCCUUGAAGGUAGAUCGAGGCAGUAGCCAGCUCAACCAGCAUCGGUAUGGGAAAGGUGUACUUGCCUGA